AUAAUAAUAAUAUACAGUAUUUUUCUUUUGUAAUUUAUCAUAAUGAAGUUCAUCUUUAUUCUUUUGCUUUUUUUACUUUCGACUACAGCUAACGUAAUUCCAAAUGAGGAUGAUUUUCAAGCUGCUAAACUGUUUAUUCAACAAUUAAACGUCCAUAAUGAUAUAAAAACGAUAGCAGACAACCAAGGAGAAAUUGUAUAUCCUCUACCAAAUACAACUUGGCAUGUAGGUGAACUUGUGAAUGUGACUUUUGAAACAAAACAACCUCAACAAGUUGUUUCCAUCUUCUUCUUUGGUGAUAAUCAUAUUUUAGCAGGUGGUCCUCUUAGUAAAACUGUCUUCCCGUUUACUGUUCCAUCUGAGGCUGUCAGUGGUGCAGCACAAAAUGAAACUUCCCUUCUAUUGGCUGUAAGAAGGUUAAAUAGUUAUUUACAAACAGUGGAUUCUGUCGUUGUUCGAGUUCUUCCUCCUCAGUAAUGUAUAUAUGAAUGAUGCUAUUCUACAUGGCGACGAGGAGAGGGAAAGGCUUAUAUCUUUUCUUUUCUUUUCUUUUUUUUUUUCUUGUAAUAAUAUUAGCCAAUAAGUUCUUCUAUUAUUAUGUAUAUUUAAUAAAUGGAUUUCUACCAAUCAAAUAAGUA